CCUCUCUGUUCCUCUGAAACUACUUGGUUUACAAACCUUUGGCUUUAAAUUUUAGCACCCAUGAUCGAAAUGCUGCAACUUUUCUUCUGCCAAUUUCGUUACUUUUUUUAGUUGGGUUUAUUGGAAUUCCUGAUUCCCGAAUUGGCAAGUCUGUUUGUUAUUCUGGGGUGUCUUGUAUUUGAUCGCAUUCGUGGCUAUGUUUGGUAAAUCCGUGUUUUUUCGUUCUUCUUUGGGAAAGUUCUGUUUUUGGCGAUGAGGUGUUGAAUCUUGUACGUGUCUGGAUUCUUUGAAUCUUGACAGCUGUUGGGACUUGUUUAUAUACAUGUAUCAUUGUUUUGAUUCCUUCCCAGAAAAACUGAAUACUGUAAAGGUAGAGCUUGAGUUGUCUUGCUACUUGACUCGGCGUAAAGAAUUGAACUUUGCUAAUGUCGUGUCCUGGUUGAUUGCUAGGAACAAAGAGUUAUUGUCAUAGAUGCAGAGUAAUUUCUAUUUUCUCUUAUUGUCCUCUCAUAAGUUCGGAAAUUAGACUUGGAUUAUGUUCAUAAAGCUAAAGCAAUUUCUUGGCGUUUGUUAGCUUCUGGCACAAACUACCCAUCAUAUCAUCUGAUUCCGCUUGAGCUCUUUGGGCAGACUGGUUGUAAUCAUAUUUCCGGCUGAAAACUUAGGAAGAAACGAGCAAAAUAUCUUUGACUGAAAAUGGCUUUGGCUUUUACCAAUCUCUCAUGGUGGUUGUGGAGUGGAAAGCAGAAGGAGCCUAGAAUCUCUAAUGGCAGCUGUUUAAAUUCCUGCCCUGAAUCGGGUGUGCGGGAAUCUGAUGUGUUAAAGUUUCCUACAGUGAAAGGAGGUGUUGCCUCAUCAUCCAGAAAGGUGAAGAGGAAAUGGCAUAGUCGGGAAGAAAGGAAAAUUGAUAAGCAGUAUGAUUGUGUUCUUCUUCCAUCUGAUGGUGAGUGUGUUUCUGGUUCUGAAUCUGAUGACUCUGAUUGGUCGAUUGGAUGGCUGGAGCCUCUUGGACCUGGGUUCCAGAGUGAUGAUGAUGCAGACGAUAGUUUUGCUGUGCUGGUUCCAUGUUAUGGACAUGCUAUUCAUGAUAUGGUGGGGAAAUCAAAGAACAGAGAUCAAAAUAAUAUCGGGAGCAUUUCAGAUGAGAGCAAGAAAUUUAUGGAAGAGUGGCUCUCUUCUCUAAGAAACAGCUGAUCAGCUAAGUAAAGGGGAAUGUAAAAAAGCUAAAUUGGCCUAGUUUGUUGAUGGUAGAUCGUUUACUUAUUUAAGUAGAAGAGGAUUGCCAAAGUUAGUCAAAGUUAGUAUAACUUUGAUUAGCAGAUAUGGCGGACCAUGGAGGACUUGCAGUUGUCAUCUCUGCCCUUCAAAAUUGGUGGUAGUGUGUGAAAUAAGUACAGAAAGGGAAAAAAAAAAUUCUGCUUGUGUAUGUUGUAAAAAAAAAAAAAAAGGAAAAAAAAAGGCAAAAGGAUGGAUGAGUGAAUUUCCUUUUAGAUGUCAUUCUUGGAUGUAAAAUUUGUUUCGACGGUUAUUCUUGGAUGUACAUAUGCUGGACGAAUUAGAAGCGAAACUAUGACUUCAUCCUGAUAUUGUUGUAAAUAUCCUGUGAAUAAUUUAAAAAAUAAAAAUUGUAAA